CCGGACCAGGAGGCGGAGCGGAAGCUGAGUGUGAGGGACCAGAAGAGUAAAAUCUCCGCAAGCCGGGACCCAACCUCUUUCCUGACUCCGGGACCCGGCCUUCUUCCAUCCCGACCAGGAGGCUGCUUUGCUAUUGCGGGACGCAGGUGACGUCCGCUAAUCGGCUUUCGCUGCGACGCCCCAGCUCGAGAGCCGGGCGGCUAAGGCGACCGUGAGGAGAAGCUCACAAGUCAGAGUUAAGAGUUGAAGACAACCUUGCUGAAGAUGAAAGAUAUAAAAUAUUAGAGGAAGAAUUUUUUUCUUUUUUCAGAAGUUUUGUUUGUUUGGUGACUUGUUUCUAGUUGCCACUUUUCAAUCAAGUCUAUUCACUUCAUCAGAAAUGUUUUUUACAAUCUCAAGAAAAAAUAUGUCCCAGAAAUUGAGUUUACUGUUGCUAAUAUUUGGACUCAUUUGGGGAUUGAUGUUACUGCACUAUACUUUCCAGCAACCAAGACAUCAAAGCAGUGUCAAGUUACGUGAACAAAUACUAGAUUUAAGCAAAAGAUAUGUUAAAGCUCUAGCAGAGGAAAAUAAGAACACAGUGGAUGUCGAGAAUGGUGCUUCCAUGGCAGGAUAUGCGGAUCUGAAAAGAACAAUUGCCGUCCUUUUGGAUGACAUUUUACAACGCUUGGUGAAGCUGGAGAACCGAGUCAACUAUAUUGUUGUGAAUGGCUCAGCAACCAACACUACCAGUGGUACUAGUGGGAAUUUGGUGCCAGUAACCACAAAUAAGAGGAUAAACGCAUCAGGGAGCAUUAGAUAGCAGCUGAAGAUCACCUUGUGCUGGUACAUCCACCAUGGAUUAUAUCCUGUGGCAGAAAAGCUUUUUAAUCGCUGGUUAGGGGACAGAGUAAUAAUUUACAAUAAAAGUUCUAUGCAUUUUCAAAGAGUAUGCUGGAUUCAUGGAACUCUAAUUCUGUAUAUAAAAUUUUAAAAGUUAUUAGUUUGCUUUCAGGCAGGUCUGUUCAGUGCUGUAUUAUAUCUUUAAACGGAAUUUGGUAACAUGGUUGAUGUAGUAAGCAGGUAGGUGAUCUUUGUAUAAAUCUUUUGUGUUUCAGGUCAAACUGAAACAACACUGAAAGACAUGGAUUCAUUUCUGUAUUUAUUUAAAAUAAAACUUGUUUUUCAGACAAGUAGAGAAUACUCUCAUUGAAUCAUUCCGUCAUUUGUUCUCGAUAAUGUAACUAUUAGAUUAAAAAGCUAUCAGAAAAAUGUGCUUACUUCCACUACUAUAUUUUGUUACUCAGAUUAUGAGCAAAGAAAGGAAGUAUAAUGUUGAAGAUAAUGUUUUGAAAUUGUGACCCAAAGAAUGUCUUCAUUUGCACUAUCUUUCAGAAUAACUGAAGGUUAAUUAUUGUAUAUUUUUUAAAACUACAUUUGUAGGAGUAUAAUCCUGAAAUGGGUAGCUGCCACUGUCCGUAACCUAUUCUAAAAUCAGGGCAACUUAAUAAGAAAAAAUUAUCUCACAGUUAAUACUUUCUUACAUAUAUCCUAAGGAAUAACAGAUUUUUAUGAUGAGAUUAAAAAUAUUAAGUCCUGAUUUUUCACAUACAUGAAUUUUAAUUUAAAAGUUUAACCCUUUGAGUGUCUGUACUAUAAGGGAAGCACAUUAUUUCCAUAUCUGGGUUAUUUUUGCUUUUAUUAUGUUGGAGGGAGGUGAACUAAGGUAUUUGAGAGACUGGAACUCUUGAGGACUUUAGCCAGUUGUAUCUAAUAAAGGUAUUUGUGCUGUAUUAAAUUGCUUGGAAAAUGUUAACAUUAUAUGAUAUCCCAUUUUAUGAAAUUUUGUAUUUAUGUAACACCUUAGAUGCUCAUUUUAUAUAAUGACCACUGAAAAAUAAUUAAGAACAUUUAAAGUAUAAUUUAAAUUAUGAAGAUAGACUAUCUUUUCAGGAAAACAGUGAUUGUAUAUAGCACAAGAGAUCCUAAUUUUGAGUAAUUCUAAUAUAAAGCAAAGUAUAAUUUUAUUUAAAUUUCCCUUGUAGCAAAUGUAAUUACCAUAAUGGUGCCCUAUAUUUCAUGGUAUUUAUUCUCUGUGAUAACUGCUUAAGUGCAGCUAGCUUUUAGAUUUAGACUGUAUUGAAUUUAGUUUUAGACAUGUAUUGUUCAUUAUUAAAAUGUUUCUACAUGUAGUAGCAAUAAUUAUAAUAUUUUAUUAAAAUAAAUAUGAAAAAAUAUUGUUUUAUUGAAAGGUAGUUUUCCAAACUCCUUCCUCUACAUUCUACCUUUAUGUGAAGAAAUGAAGUAUAUACUGUUGCCAAGUCAAAUUUAGAAUAAUUGUUCAGUCUCUGUUAUUAGUUGUGGAUAUCUUCGUUUUUUAUUUUCAGGGAUAAAAUAAAAUGUAUCAUUUCUACUUACAAA